AUGGAGGCAACAAGUACUGGCCGAGCGAGCAGGCCGGCGCCCACCACCCUGGACCCAGAGUGGCAGAGGCGGGUGCGGGACCGCGCAUGGGAGCUGGCCGAGAGCGGCGGCGCCGAGGGGUGGCUCCACAACGUGCUCCUCCUCCAGCACCAUCGACCCUCCACCUCCAUCUCCACAUCCGCCGGUGGUGGUCGAGCCGAGGAGGUGGAGGAGGACCAGCGGCGGAUCGAGCGGGCGAGGCGCGAGCUGGCCAAACGCCAAACGGUGCUGCGACCCCUGCGACUUGGCACCGACGCCGGCCAAGGCGCCACCUCCUCCCGCCACCAGCGAACAGAGGUGGUGAAGGCCAAGAUCGCCAACCUGGAAGCGGCCCUGCGCGCGCUCGAUCUCGAGGAGGAGCGGGAGCUGGAGGCCGAUCGGGCUGAUGCGGCCGCGCGCGACGACGAACUGUUCGUGGUGCGGCCCGACGUGGCGACGGCCGAGCUUGACCAGGCCUUGGCACUCCUCCGCCGGCAGCUCCACCACGCCACCCACGCACUGGCCAGGGAACGGGAGCUGAGGGCGGAGGCGCAGACCAUCGGGGAGGCCCUCACGCGACAGCUCCAGCAGCACCCGCACGAGGCCACCUCACAAGAGGAACGAGAGGAGAUGAUAGGUCGGGUGAAGCAGCUGCGCGAGUGCAACGCGGCUCUGCGGGAGGGCCUCCUCGCGUUCGCCGACCGGAUCUACCCGCCGCCCUCCGCCGGCGCCAGCCAAGAACCCAUCACCAAGAGACCGAGAGCUGUGGAGGAGGGUCCGCCGCCGCCGUACGCGUCGCUGCGGGAGACCCUCGCCGAGCUGCUCGACGCCGCCCAGAAAAGAGAGAAGACUACGAAGGCGAAGACGACAAAGAAGGAUGCGGACGGGUGGGUGGAGAUGUCGACGGACGGGCGAAGGCUGUGGCCGCACUACGUUGAGCUGCUGCUGCGGGCGGGCAUCGCCCAGAAGCACCCCAAGGACUCUUCGCUCCUCCACCUACGCCACUACACCGCCCAGUAA